AUGCCCUCCCUCACUCUGACCGACCCGGACAUGAUCCUGCCGUAUGGCAGCGAUCGCGAAUCCCAGACUCCCUCCCCGCCCUCCCAGCUGGUCUAUUUGUCCAAUCUGAAUGCGCGCUACUCCGGCGAUGCGCAUUCCAACGGCCGACCCAAGAAAAAUUUUUCGCGACACUGGGCCAAUGACGACGUGAAUAAUCGCCGACUGUCUGAUAUCGGCGAGGAACUCUCGCCGUCGCGUUUGGGAGGGUUCGACGAGGAGGACAGUCCACGCGACCAGGGAACAACGAGUUCGCCUGACACAGAGGAGCAAUUGACCGCUCCUGAGACGGGGGAGUAUGCGGGGAGUAGCUCGAGUUCGACUGUGAGCGCGGGGAGUACUCGCGCUUCGACAGCAAAGCAGGCGUCGUCGCCGCAGAUUGCUACUGAGCCGUCACCGAAUCCUGCGGAGAGUGUAAACAAGCCGGGAAAUGGAGAUGUAGGCAAGACCGGCUUGCCUAGCACUGUCGUUGCCUCUACUGCUGCGAAGGGCAAGGGCCCUGGAGACGAGUUCUCGUCCGCGAUACUGAGCAGCGAGGCUGAAAGAAUUCUAGAGAAUGCGAAGAAGCGUUUGACGCUGAUGGAGGGGAACCUGAACCGCGCUCGUUCGGCGGUGCGACAUACGCCCUCGCCUUCGCAGUCAUCGCCGGCGACCUCACCUAUUGGGUCUCACCAGCCGGGUGGCCUUUAUCGAUCGAUUUCCCAUCGCAAGGGCUCUGCGCUCCGUCGACAGUCAGUGGUUGCGUCGCAGGAUGCUUCGACGAACCGGCACUCGCGUGUGCACAGCGAGACCAAUUUCCCGUCUGAGUCCAUGUCGAAUGAUACAAAGAAAAUGUCUCGGUCUGUUAGUGCCAUGGGCUCUAGUAGUCGGUCCAACUUGAAUACCGACCAGCGAUCAUUUCAAUAUGGGCCCGGUAGGGCAUACCUCACGCACCGUGCGUCGAUUUCGUCUAUGCAAACGCCCCAGCAAGAGAACCGGCAAGAGAACCAGCAAGAGAACCAGCAAGAGAGCCAGCAACCGUCUCCCGAGACUGCGCAGUCACCUGUUAUCGAGCAGUCCCAGGAGAGCAGUCCCGCCGAAUCUCCUAAGGGUCUGGGUAUCUCUUCGGAGGACGAUGUCAAGUCAACCCCGGGAGAUUUCAGUCCGGUCUACAGUUCGUAUGGCCCACCCAGUCGGGCCCAGUCUCAGCUGCAAGUGCGUGAUCUACAGUACCAGAUGAAGGGUCUUCAUAUCAAAAUUUCUUCCCUCAAGGUGCGGAAUCAAGAGGAUAACCUUCGCCGACGCAGUCUCCAAAGCUUGCGCACGCCUAGUCCUUUGACGGCUGCGGAUCCCUUUUAUAAAAAUGGUCUGGAGCUGCGAGAAGGCCAGAGUAGCCGUGGAUCCAACACGAGACGGGAUGGCAGCUCUGAAUACGCUCGAGAGGUCCGCUCCCUGAAUCCCAGCGGGACUGCUAAAUACCAAGGCGAGAACAACGCGGCCAAGCGGAAUGAUGACAGUUCUCUGGAGCCAUCCUCGGCGAUUGCCUCGCCACCAACAGGGCAUGUGCCUUGGCAAACACCACCCGUGGGCUAUGACGACGGUCGGCAAUCUGUCGCAGAAAGCAUGUAUGAAGACGCCGAGGAGGGCGAAAUCGACCGGGAGGCUCUUGAUGAAAUCCUGCGCGAGCCGCUUGACGCAGAUUUGGAAGAAUACGCCGCUGAAGGCGUGCCCCACGAGGAACGCGAAGAUGCCUUUGACUACGAACACUUCAUUCUGCACAGUGCACUGGGCAACUACUCGGGCCAGUUUCGCCGCCCCAGUCAGGUUUCUCAAGAGUCUACCGAGACGACUCGGCCUGCCCAGGCCUCGCGGUCUCGUCAGCAAUCUCGCUCUCGCUCUCGACAGCCUUCUCGAUCUCGAUCGAUUAAGCACUCGCGCAACAACAGUGCCAUGUCCGUCUCGACUGUUGCUACAUUUGCUACCGCAAUGGAAGGCGACGAGAUGACCGAGGAAGAAGAAGACCUUCUCUAUUGGGACCGUCGGUUCAAUCAUGAACUCCGUCGCCAACCCAGUCCCGUCCUUGAGACUGAUCGCUCAGAAACUCCCCGCGGGCCCCGACAUGGCGAUGUCCCUAUCAACAGCCAGCCACAAACCCCAUCCCGGGCCCUAGACGUGACCGGCCGCUCAUCAGGGGCCGGGUCUGCAACCCCAACCUCCCUUGUCUCAUCCCUCGUCUCAACCGUCCGAGCAGCCUCAAGCCCGCACCCAGGCUCCGCAACCCCCACUGGAAACGGAGGCAUCAACUCGGACGACACGCAGAUGCUCGAGCAGCUUUUCUCCAGUCUGGGUAAUGUCUGCAUGGACCUGCAAGCAAUCACGACCUCGCCCGAUCCCGACAUGAAGGCUGCACGAGUUCUACGACGACGACUGGACGCUGCUAGACGAGUAUUGGAUGGGGAGCUCGAUGCUUGA